UGUCGGAUCUGCACGCAGAGGACGACGGGAAUUUUCAUCGCAAAUCCUGAACUCCACAGAAGGGUUUUGGAUUUAGGUCUUGGUUAUUAGUGCUUUAGUAUAUACUUUAAACAAAAUAGCUUCAUCUUCUCAUAGUUACAGUCUCUUUAAGUUUUAUCAAUACAUGCAAUUUAGGUUUUUUAUCUAUAAAGGGGAAAUUAUAGCUAUUGCUCAGUGAGCUAGGAAGUGAGCUAGCUAGUUAGCAUAGCCAUUGUUUAUCUUCUCGCUGCAUCUCCCUACUUCAUUGCCGCUACAAAUGGGUCCUGCAUAGUACACCAGUUGCUGUUUGAUCGGCAAACAGUGGUCAUUUUCUUAGAAGGGAUACGGUGUUGUUAUCAUUGACAGAUUGCGACCAUCCUACGUUAAAGUGAGAACGAACCAUCAUGACUUCGGCUUCAGCAAAAGUCGGGGAGAUCUUCUCUGCAGCUGGGGCUGCAUUCACAAAGCUGGGCGAACUAACCAUGCAACUGCACCCAGUGUCAGACUCAAGUCCUGCAGGUGCUCAAAUUAAGACCACAGUCAAGAGGAAACUGUACGAAGACAGCAGGGUGCCACUGUCGCCCGAGUCGCCCAAGAAGACCAUGAAGAAGACUGCCGUGGCUCUGGCGGCAGCCCCCGCUCCCGUGGCGCCCACAGUCAUCACCGUGCCCACGUCGCAAGUGGUGGUGACAACAGGCCUCCAGACUCAGUCGCCCAUGCCGCCCCCCAUCAAGAAACAGAAGACAGCAGAUGUUACUUUAAGUGCUUUGAAUGACUCGGACGUGAAUAGUGACCUGGUGGACAUUGAAGGCCUUGGAGAGGGAUCUACUAAGAAGCUGAACUUUGAUCAAGAGAGCCUGAAUUUUGACUCCAGUUUGAUCAUGAACUCCAGCGACUUGCCCUUGCUUUCACGCUGACCCGUGGCUCAACCUCACAAUGUGUAGAAGCCCAUCAAAAGCAGCUGGCUUGAUCAACAUCAAGUCCCAUCAUUCAGAUUUUGUACAGUACUCUGUGUUUUUUCUAGAUUGUACGAUGUGUUUUUAGUUUAAGCCUCUUUUCUCCAAAAUAAAUGUCACAUUCAGGUUUCCUGACUGUGUUUUACCCAUUUA